CCUUCCCGCGGCGGCCCGAGAGGUGCGGAGCAGCGCCGGGCGAGCGGCGCCCCGUGUGCUUCCAGCCGCCCCCGCCGAGCAUCCCCUCGGACCGGGCCGUCGCCGGGGCAUGGAGGCGGCUCACAGCCUCCCGGUGCUCGACGUUCUCCGCCGCUUCGGGGUUACCGAGAGCUGCGGGCUCAGCCCGGAGCAGGUCCGGCGCAACCGGGAGAAGUACGGCCCUAAUGAGCUCCCUGCAGAAGAAGGAAAGUCCCUCUGGGAGUUGGUACUGGAGCAGUUUGAAGAUCUCCUCGUCCGCAUCCUUUUGAUGGCAGCUUUUCUGUCCUUCAUCCUGGCCUGGUUUGAAGAAGGAGAGGAGACCACGACAGCGUUUGUGGAGCCCAUUGUCAUUAUUAUGAUCCUGAUUGCCAACGCUGUGGUGGGUGUGUGGCAGGAGAGAAAUGCUGAGAGUGCUAUUGAAGCCUUGAAGGAGUAUGAGCCUGAGAUGGGGAAAGUGAUCCGUGCCGACCGCAGCGGAGUGCAGCGGAUCCGCGCCCGGGACAUCGUCCCUGGGGACAUCGUGGAGGUGGCAGUUGGUGACAAAGUGCCAGCGGACAUCCGGAUCAUCGAAAUCCGCUCCACAACCCUGAGGGUUGACCAGUCCAUCCUCACAGGGGAGUCUGUGUCAGUGAUCAAACAUGCUGACCCCAUCCCUGACCCCCGGGCUGUCAACCAGGACAAGAAGAACAUGCUCUUCUCUGGCACCAACAUUGCAGCUGGGAAGGCCGUAGGCAUUGUCAUUGCGACGGGGGUGUACACUGAGAUCGGCAAGAUCCGAAACCAGAUGGUAGAGACCGAGCCUGAGAAGACCCCGUUGCAGCAGAAGCUGGAUGAGUUCAGCCAGCAGCUCUCCAAAGUCAUCUUCCUGGUGUGCAUCGCCGUCUGGGUCAUCAACGUCAGCCACUUCAGCGACCCCGUCCACGGCGGCUCCUGGUUUCGAGGAGCCAUCUACUAUUUCAAGAUCUCGGUGGCCCUGGCAGUGGCUGCCAUCCCCGAGGGCCUCCCGGCCGUCAUCACCACCUGCCUGGCGCUGGGCACGCGCCGCAUGGCCAAGAAGAACGCCAUUGUGCGGAGCCUGCCCUCCGUGGAGACCCUGGGCUGCACCUCCGUCAUCUGCUCCGACAAGACCGGCACCCUCACCACCAACCAGAUGUCUGUCUGCAGGAUGUUCAUUAUGGAGAAGGUGGAGGGCACCCAGUGCAGCCUGCACGAGUUCAGCAUCACUGGCUCCACCUACACCCCUGAGGGACAGAUCCUGAAGGACGAGCAGCCGGUGCAGUGUGGGCAGUACGAUGGGCUGGUGGAGUUGGCCACUAUCUGUGCCCUCUGCAAUGACUCCUCACUGGACUACAACGAGUCCAAAAAAGUCUAUGAGAAGGUGGGGGAAGCCACUGAAACAGCCCUGACGUGCCUGGUGGAGAAGAUGAAUGUCUUCAACACUGACACCAGCAAACUCUCCAAGGUGGAGAGAGCCAACGCCUGCAAUUCGGUGAUCAAGCAGCUGAUGAGGAAGGAGUGUACCCUCGAGUUCUCCCGCGACCGCAAGUCCAUGUCAGUGUACUGCAGCCCCACCGGCCCCAGCCACAACGCUGCCGGCAGCAAGAUGUUCGUCAAGGGCGCCCCGGAGAGCGUGAUCGAGCGCUGCACCCACGUCCGUGUGGGCAGUGCCAGGCUGCCGCUGACGGCGCCGGUGCGGGAGCAGAUCCUGGGCAGGAUCCGGGACUGGGGCAUGGGCAUCGACACGCUGCGCUGCCUGGCGCUGGCCACCCACGACGCGCCCGCCCGCAGGGACGCCAUGCAGCUGCACGACUCGGCUGCCUUCGUCCACUACGAGAACAACCUGACCUUCGUGGGCUGCGUGGGGAUGCUGGACCCUCCCCGCAAGGAGGUCACCUCCUCCAUCGAGAUGUGCCGCAAGGCCGGCAUCCGCGUCAUCAUGAUCACGGGCGACAACAAGGGCACGGCGGUGGCCAUCUGCCGCCGCAUCGGCAUCUUCUCCGAGAGCGAGGACGUGACGGGCAAGGCCUACACGGGCCGGGAGUUCGACGAGCUGCCCCCGGAGGCGCAGCGCCAGGCCUGCCGCCGUGCCCGCUGCUUCGCCCGCGUCGAGCCCGCGCACAAGUCCCGCAUCGUCGAGUACCUGCAGUCCUUCCACGAGAUCACUGCCAUGACAGGUGAUGGUGUCAACGAUGCCCCAGCCCUGAAGAAGGCCGAGAUUGGCAUUGCCAUGGGGUCAGGCACAGCCGUUGCCAAGUCAGCUGCUGAGAUGGUGCUCUCCGACGACAACUUCUCCACCAUCGUGUCGGCUGUUGAGGAGGGCAGAGCCAUUUACAACAACAUGAAGCAGUUCAUCCGCUAUCUCAUCUCCUCCAAUGUUGGGGAGGUCGUUUGCAUCUUCCUGACAGCCAUCCUGGGCUUGCCUGAGGCCCUCAUCCCUGUGCAGCUGCUGUGGGUGAACCUGGUGACAGAUGGGCUGCCAGCCACAGCUCUGGGCUUCAACCCCCCUGACCUGGACAUCAUGGACAAGCUGCCCAGGAACCCCAAGGAGCCCCUCAUCAGCGGCUGGCUCUUCUUCCGCUACCUGGCCAUCGGAGUGUACGUGGGCCUGGCCACGGUGGGUGCAGCGACCUGGUGGUUCCUGUACGAUGCCGAGGGACCGCAGCUCUCCUUCCAUCAGCUGAGGAAUUUCAUGAGGUGCACUGAGGACAACCCCAUCUUUGAGGACAUCAACUGUGAGAUCUUCGAGUCCCGAUACCCAACCACGAUGGCUCUGUCUGUGCUGGUGACAAUUGAGAUGUGCAAUGCUCUGAACAGUGUCUCUGAGAACCAGUCGCUGCUGCGGAUGCCACCGUGGCUCAAUAUCUGGCUGCUGGGGGCCAUCGUCAUGUCCAUGGCUCUGCACUUCCUCAUCCUCUACGUCAAGCCCAUGCCUCUCAUCUUCCAGGUGACCCCCCUGAGCUGGCCACAGUGGGUGGUUGUGAUGAAGAUCUCCCUGCCUGUUAUCCUCCUGGAUGAAGGACUCAAGUACCUUUCCCGUAACCACCUGGAUGGCAUUCUCAGGACAGUAAGACACACGUGGAACGGGGAGCACCAGUCGAAAACCUGCAGGACUCCAGAGCAAGGGAGAAGAGGACAAGAAAUGAAUGCCACGAAGGAAACACUCCUCCCUAAAGGAUCCCUGAGCUGUAACUCGGACUGAAGCCUUGCAUGGUGCCCAUGGCUAGCAGCAGCAGGACAUGCAUGUGUCCCACUGUCACCCAGAUGCAGCUCAAUCAGCGAAAAGAAAACCAUACUGAUUUUGUUUUGUUUUUUGUAGCUUUCUUUUUCCUGUACAUAAGAGUGCAAGGAGUGGCCAAGCUGGCAGAGGGCUUGGGGACAGAGCUGUGUGCACCUGCCUCACCAUGAUGUGGUUCCUUGGGGGAUUGUUCCUGCCAAAUUUGAGACUCUUUUCUUUCUCUUCUGAUUUUUUUUUCCCCACCCCCCUUGACUGGGUGAGCUCAGGCAAGGUGUCCUCUGUGGGAGAGCCAGGGGGUAGAGGGGGGGUUGCAGGCAAUGUGCUGAGCAUGGGCGAAAAGCUGCAGUGCUCAGGGGUGUGGGAUGCACAAGGGCAGCUCUCAGGGCUGGAGGGUGGGUGAGGGAGCUGUGGGUUGGACUCACAAACCCUCAGUGAUGUCCACUAUGACAGUGGAAGUAGCUUUGCAGUGUGGCCAUUGGUGGUGUGGGCCUCCUGGGUGUGUGUUUAUAGACACUGAGGUCAGGUGCAUGGGGUAGAAGGUGAAGUUCUCCCUAUUUAUUGUGCUGUCCUGGUUGAUCCUCAUACUGUGGAAAGCCCUACACCUUCUCAGGCUCAUCCAACACCAAAGCAGGAUCUAGUCUUGUCUGUUCUUCUCCAUCCAACGUCUUGUGAGGUUCCAUCUCCACUAUUUAAGCCAUAGCCCUCUUCCUCAUGGGGGCAACCGCUGAAAGCAAAGCAUGGGGAUGGCCAGUUGUGCAUUCCUCAUGUCUGUCCUUCCCUCCUGCUCACACUUGCUUUCCUCAGUUGAUUUGUAACUACUUCCCUAGCAGGAGUAGAGCUUCAGCCCUUGGGAGCACAUCCACAAGCUUGUCCCCUCUGCCUUGGAGGACAUUGCACAGAGCAUCCUCCACACCAGAGAUCCACUUUGGAGGUGGGAGUGAAUGUCUGUACCUGACAUGGCCCUUCUCUUGAGUGGUGUUUGCUGUGGCAGCCCUUUGGGUGAGGCAUCCACUUUACUCUCUUGGAAGCCUCUGCAGAGGACACAGGCUGCAGUGAGAGGCUGUGAAUCAGGAGGGGUUUUUGGCAUCCCUUAAACUGACCUUUCUCCAUUGAGCUGUGUCAGAUGAGAUGCUGAUAGCAGGUGGUUUCUCCUCCAGAUCUCCAAAUCCUUCCUCCUCUUUUCCUCACAUCCUGCUGUGAUCCAUCCUGAUGAGAUUUAGUUAGCCAGACCACAUAUCUUCCCUUCUUAAGUCAACAGCAAGAGAGCCAGGGUUUGGGGUAGGGUUUUGCUCCUUUGCUGUUGGGUAUUUUCUUUUACUCUUUGCCUUUUCAAAGCUUCCAGUGCUUUUCUGCUUCUCUUCACCUGGGCAAGAUCUACUCUUCCUCUGUACAGUAGGUGCCAAAUCUCAUCCCUCCUUUCUUUUCUCCAUCACCAGCAUUGCAGAUGAGCAGAGCCCCCAGACCAAUGGGAAUGUACAGAAUUGUUAUACUACUGAGCUGAUUUCAUUGUACAGAAAACCCUGCAUGAAAUGUUGUUACUGUAUUUAAUAUAUAAUGUAUUCAAGGGAUUUUAAUAUGGAGCUCUCUAAACAGACCUUUAUAGACACUCUGUGGUUAGAAGAUUGUUGCUGAUGACUUUUUUUUACCAUUAUUAUACUUUGUCUUGAAGGAGUUUUAUUUUUCAGUCGUGUUCUGUCUAAUUGAUGUAACUGGGGCAACUGAUUCCUUUGUGAAGAUUUCCCCCAUGGGUGAGGCUUACCCUGGCACAGAGGACGAGGGCAUGACCCCCAGCUACUGCUGAAGCCUUCAAAAUGAGGCUUCAGUAAGACUGAGGCUGUAGAUGUGUGGAUUUGCCCUUCCCUGAAAGGGUGGGUUUCACUUUUAGUACAGAUCAUCUCUCUGUGCAGGGCAAGAACCAGCAGGAAUUGAAUCCAUUCAAUGACUUCAGAGGAGAAAUGGCUUCUGUGUUUCCUUGAGGCCAGUAACCAGUUGGGGAGAGGCUGGACCAGAUUCAGAGCAUCCCAGCCCUGUGAGUAGGGUCCAGUGGGGCUUUCAGCUGCCCAGUGGCAGCUCCCUGGGCUGUGGUGUUCCAGUGUGCCUGCAGGGACCUGCCUGCUCCAUCCACUCCAUGUUGCACCACCUGAGUUCUGCUCUUUUCCCUGGGCUUAGGGUCUGGUGGAGGAUUAUUAACUUUACCCAAAUAGGAAUCUGUGGAGGAGUUUCUUGUGUAAAAGUCCCACUGAUGAGUAUCAGAUAAUGGAUGGGAGCCCCUAAUGUAGGAAAGCUAAAAGGGAAAGGAGGGGCUCUGUUUCAGAGAUCAGCUGAUGACAGUUUAACCUGCUGUUCAAUUCCUGCUGGUAGUUUUUGCUUGGUCUCACCUGACAGCAGAGAGGUGGGAGGUGGCUGUACCAGGCCUCCUUCUGAGCAGCUAUUUGAAGAGAUGCUUAGUUUGUAUUGUUGCUAGAGAUGCCAAGUUGCUGUUAUCCUGUCACUGGUGGAGAUGUUAUGCCCUGGGCAACACCAGCCUGUUCAUGCAGACCUUGGGUUGCAGUUGUGAGUCACCAAAACCUAAGCCAUCACUAGCAAGAAACCAGAGCUGUGUCCUAGCCAAAGGCUUGUUCUUUCCAGCAGCAGUAAAUUGUGUUUGCCUUUAUAUUGUAAACCUCUAGAUCUACCUAAAAAAUAGAGCAGGAAACCUGCACUUCAGGCUACCUGGAGCAGACAUCCCCCUUACUAGGAGAGACCUUUGUACACAUCCCUAUUUCUCCUCCUGAGUGGUUGAUCAUAUCGCUCUUCUCUCCCCCCCACUCCCCCUAUCCUUUAAUUACUUGGAACACAGGUUUCACUCCAUGUUUUUUGAUUACAGAGGCUUAUAGUUGAAGCAUUUGAAUGAAGCAGAAGAACAUCCAUAGAUGUGAUUAUCUUUCCUUCAUGCUUUGGUGAAAGGUCAGGGCAAAUCACGGAGUAGUUAUUUAUUGUAGGUGCCACCAGCAACGUGCUGAGCACUUUGAUAGGCUGGAGCAUGUUCUUGUGCAAACUGGGAGAUCCCAGAGCUGAGACCAUCGCUGUGGGGUCGGGUCUUGUGCCUUCCUGAGGCAUCUGACAGUGUGCAAUACGAGGGAGAAGGACACUGGAUGGCUGUUUCUCCUGAGAGCUUGAUAAAAAAGGCAGCUUAGGGGCAAAGCCUCUGGGAUCCAUGCUUUUUUUUUGACAACAGACUUGAGGGAUUAUUUCCUUUCUAGUUGUGUUUUGGUGGUGCUGCCUGGCACAUUCAGUUUUAAAAGAAACCUUAGGUCUUUCCAGCAAGAUCUUCAGCAGCUGUGGGGCUGCUGUGCCAGACCCUCUGUGUGCAGGGAAGCAGCCACAUGAGAUGCAGUGGGAUGGCAGCAUGGGGUUGUCUGUGAGCACUUUAUCCUCCAUUCUCAGGGCCAGACACCCUGCUGGGUUACAGCCAAGGUGGGGAGCGAGGGUCCUGCAUCCCUGGAGCCAGCACCCAGGGAGGGAGCUUUAGACAGCAGCUGUAGAAAGUCUUUGGUGCUGUUGUGAGAUGUCAUGUUACUGUGGCCAGUUGCUGGAUGAGCUCUUGCCCCUGCAGUGUGUGAUCCUGCAGGGAGGCACAUUGGAAAGGGAAGAAGAGAUGCUCUUCAGAGCAAAGGACUACUGCAUGCUGUGUUUUAUCUCUGUCAUGUGGCCACUGUAUGGCUCAGGGCGUGGGUGAGGUGUUUGGUUUGUGUGUGUGUGUGAGACUUUGGCACUGUGAAGAUGUUCUAUGUGUGUUUGUGAUGCUCUGCUCAGUCCAGGCUGGAUGGUACCACUGGGUGCUGGAGAAGCCAGGAGUAGGAGGGGCUGGAGAACUUCAUUCCUGGAAAAGCAUCAAAUUUGGAAUUGAAACAGAGUCUCUGCUCUUGGUGUGGAUGGCAGAAGUGGCCAGAGGAGCAAUAGAAACACUCAGCAGCAGUUUGUGGUCCCUCUUUUGUAUGUCAGUUGAUAGUGCUGCUUCCCAGGCAUGGUCCUGGUUUGUCAAAACUCCUCAAAUAAUUGCUGUGCAGGGGCUCAGGGUAAUGCUGUUCCCAUUGGUGGGAGAGCACAGAAUCCCAGAAUGGUCAGGGUUGGAAGGGACUUCUAAAUCCAGCCCAACCCCCUGCUAAGGCAGGUUCCCCUGGCUCAGGUGGCACAGGAACGUGUCCAGGUGGGUUUGGAAACCUCCUGAGAAGGAGCCUCCACACCCUCCCUGGGCAGCCUGGGCCAGGGCUCCCUCACCUCAGCAACAAAGGAGUUUCUCCUCAUGUUCAAGUGGAACCUCCAGUGUUCCAGCUGAUGCCCAUCACCCCUUGUCCUGGCACUGGCAUUACAGAAAAAAAGAGUGGCCUCAUCCUCUCAAUACCUUCCCUUUAGUUAUUUACAAGUGUUGAUAAGAUCCCCGCUCAGUCUCCUCCAGGCUGAACAGCCCCAGGUCCCACAGCCUUUCCUCAUAAGGAAGAUGCUCCAGUCCCCUGAUCACCUUGGUGUCCCUGCACUGGCCUCUCUCCAGCAGUUCCCUGUCCCAGAACUGGACACAGGACUCCAGAUGAGGCCUCCCCAGAGCAGAGCAGAGGGGCAGGAGAACCAACCUCGACCUGCUGCCCACACUGUUUGGCCACUCCUCCCUGAGGUUCAGUGACUUUGGCAUCACAUCACUCCUCAAACUCAGCCAUACAGGAGUCCCCAAUACCAGCUCCUAAGACUUACAACAUUUGGCCCAUACCUGGCAUGGCCAUCACCUUGUAUGAUGCCAGAAGUUCAGUCAUCCCUUUGAGUCCCACUUGGGCUUUUGUUUUCAGCACUUCUGCAAUGGCAAUUUCUGUCAGGGCUUGUCCUCAGCAGAGAGACAGCCCCAGGGGCAGGUUUUGAGGCUGGAGGAGGAGAUCUUCACCCUGUGCAGAGCUUGCAUGACACAGGUUGGAUUAAUGUUUGCAGGGCUGCAGUGAGGAAGGGGACACUCAGGGUAAAUUGUGCUCCUUGGACCUCUCCUGUUGGUGCCAUUCAGCUUUUGGUGUGAGUGGGGCAUGAAAUGAACCUAAAUCCGUGUGUGGCCGGAGUGAUGGAGACAUGGGGACCAGUGGCUGAGCUGGCUUCAUCUGGGCACUUGGGACCAAGAAGAGGGCAACUGCUGAGCUGCCAGUGGGUGCCCUCAGUGGCUUCAACCUGAGAAUACGUUAACUUUCUGUUUUUUACACAAGAUGCCUCAACAGCCAAAUCUCAAACCCUCUGAGUUUGUGCUUUGUAACGAAAGGUAGAUCAUUCUGUCUUUGGGGGGGGGUUGGGUGGGUGUUAUGGCAGGGAUCAAACUGAAAGAAACAAGGCUUCCUAUUUUAUUAUAUGAGAGAUAUUUUUCCACUAAAUUACUGCUUCCUAAGUGGUGUCCUUUGUCCAAGUGUAAAUAGCCAGGAGUACCAUGAAGGCGUGGGAAGGCUCCUCGUGGUCGCAGCCGUACGAUCCACUCUGGUCACACAAUAUUGGGCUGAUUUGUUUUAUACUUCAGAAAUUACAGAAAUAAAAGCAAUUUUACUGGA